UCCAGAUUGCUAUGGCAACCAGAGCCCUGUUGCUUCUGUGGCCAGGGAGGGUACAGGAGGGGGCAGUCUGACUUGAAGUGAAGGGAGUAGAGUGUGAACUGGGAAAGGAAGGAAGUGGCCCCACUAUUCCCUUGGGAGAAAUAGGUGCCCAGGGGAGCGGUGGCUAGGGGUCACCUCAGGCUGGCCCCCAGCCACCUCCCCACAUGAACUGCUGUGUUUUUCCAGUUGCUGGUGGUGACAUGGCCGCCGGUCCCAGCUGGGAGAAGAGCAGCCUGUGAUUUCACCCUGGGCUGGUUCAUUACCUGACAUCUCCAUGGCAACCAGUCUGUGACAUCACAGGUCCAAAGUCCUUAGGGGGAGAAUGCAGCUUUGGCAGAGAUGCACCAGUACGGAGGUGGAGGGUAGGAAAGCUGGGGAGGGGACUGGGAGCCAGGAGGCCUCUGAGUCCACCAUCUCCACGACCUCAUUCACUCCAUGGCUCCUCCAGGCCUUUGACAUCUACCAGCUUCCCCUGUGUUCAGCAACCCUUACUUCCUGGUCUGUGGCUGCAGUUUUAAAACAGCUUCAGGGAUGGCCAGGGGUCCUAGAAAUAUCCAGCACCUCUCAAAGUCCCCAGGACAGCCUACAGCCAGCGUCACCCUGCCUGUACCUUGAUGGCCUCCGACUUACACAUACUGAAACUUAAGGAUGGCAAAUUUCAAACUUUUUUGACUGGAACGCAGAGGAAUAAGUAUGUUUUGCAUCAUGACCCAGUCCACACGCAUGGAAAUUUUUACCAAAAGUGCGUGCACACAUAUGUGCCUAUGAAACAAUCCAUAACCUGAUUCUGAAAUGUUCUGUUCUCUUCAAAUCUAUUUUUUAAAAUUUGACCUAGUAAAUUGCUUGCUUGACCCACUAAAGGGUGUGCCCCUGGUAUGAACACUGCCUUUGAAGGGUCUAGAACAUACGGAAACUCUGAAGCCCAGAGAGGGGCAGGACUAGCUCAGAAUCACACAGCUGGGACUUAGGGGCAGGAGCAGGGUAUGUUGAGCGCUGUAGCACGCGUGCUCCGGGCUCAGCCCAUACAAUCCCGUAUUUCCCGAGCUACUCUUAGCUCCUGGCUCACGGAGCUCCUGAGCUCAGGGGCUGAGGGCGCUCAUUCUGGGUUGCUCUUCCUUUUCACCAACCUCAGCUUUGCCCCGCCCCCUCAGAUCUCCCUUAGCUGCCCGCCCCAGACAGCCUUUGGGCAGGCUUGUCCCGGAACUCUCUAGUCUACCAGAUGCUAAGCCCAGUCUAGUUUGGAUAAAAACUGGCUUGCACCACAGGGCAUAAAUCUGCAAAGAAGUAAAAAGCUAACCUUUUCAAAGAAUAUUGCUUCUCUCUCACAUACCAACUUUACAUUUCCCUGUAUGGCCCCGGAAGACGGCUGGAUAGCCAGAAACAGAUCUGUUCACAAGCGCCCACAAGGACUGCCCCAUGCCCCAGGGCACGGACCCCCUGAACCCAGACUUGCCCUCCGGCCACCCACCCACUGUUGCUCCAGCCCAUGUCACUGGCAAGGACAAACAGAUGGAUUUCUGUUGGGAUCCUUGGCAGAGGUGCUUCCAGACCACCCACGGCUACCUGUCCGACUCCAGAUCCUGCUCCAGCAACUACAGCGUGGCCGCCCUGGCCACAUCGUCCCUUGUGGGGGUGGCGCAGAGCAUCAAGGACCACAUCACGAAGCCCACAGCCAUGGCACGUGGCCGCGUGGCCCACCUCAUCGAGUGGAAGGGCUGGAGUGCCCAGCGGUCAGGCUGGGAUCCGUCCCCAGCUGAGGACGGGCAACACUGCUGCCUCCCUGAUGAGCUGCGCGAGGCCCGCUUUGCCGCAGGGGUUGCCGAGCAGUUUGCCAUCACAGAGGCCACGCUGAGCGCCUGGUCCUCACUGGACAAUGAGGAGCUGCACCCCAAGAACAGCCCUCAGGACGUCAUCCAGCUGCAGGACCUGGAGACCAUCUACCUUCAGGACAGUCUUCUGAGCGGCCCCUCGCAGGAUGACAGUCUUCUGGCCUUCUCCUCCCCUGGCCUCUCCCCCAAUGGCUGGCCCUCACCCGAUGAGCCCCCCGUCGCAGCUGCCGACCCCCAGCCCCCCAGCCCUGAACAGCACCAUUGGUGGCGGCGGCCACCAGGGGACCCCGGGCCCAAGGGUGGGGCCCGCCUGCAGGGCUCCCUCCCCUUGGUGGACGGUAGCUCCCUCUUGGAAGAGGAGGAUGAGGUGUUCUAUAACUAAGGUGGGGCUGCGUGGCCCAGAGCCUGCUCACACCGUGACCUUGCCUGGGGGGCAGCACAGACAUAGGGUGGUGGGGUCUGGGCUGGGCAUCCUUUGACCCCUCGAGGCAGGCACAGGGUGGGCGUGGCAGGAAUGGAGGCAAGCCUUCCUUAUGGACCACUCUGUGCCUCCGUGGACCUGCCCCUGGCAAUGGGAGCCGUAAUCCCCUUUCUCCCUUCUUUACCUGGCCCAGGUGAGUGCCUCCCCCCGCAGGGUUUCUGCCAUCUGCAAGCUUCAGGACUGUCAGCAGACACCAGGGCAAGCUGCCCAGAGGAGCCAGCAGCCAGGCGUCCAGGCAGACAGCUGCAGGAGGGCCUGGGGACACCAGGGCUCAGUCCCUGCCCCUCCCUCUGUGCUUCUGCCCCUCCAUCAGAGGUGGGGUAGCCUCUUCUGGUGGCUGAGGCCCACUCCUCCUCUCUCUUCACAAGGAUUUCUGUGGUUCUGGAGUGUCUGUCUGUCCCUCACUCAUGGAAGCUGCUCCCUGGUUCCCCUGCUCCCGGCCCCUGCACCCUCCUCCCAUCUCCUGAAGGUUCUCUGAAGACAUUAAAGUGGUGGGUUCA